AAGGGCAGAGUGGUAAAACACUCCCGGGCAGUGGGGGGGAGUCGGAUUGCCUGUUGAGAAGCAGACCAGCCCACGUCAGAAAUAUAAAAAUAAAAAAUAAAACACUGACACUGUCGUAACUGGAAUACGAAUCUCAAUCUUGAACUCUUUAGGGUAGAAGUCGCCGUGUUGAACGUUGAACGUCGUCGUCAAGCAGCUCCUGGGAUCUAAACGGUUGCUACGCGAAUCCAGCUCCUUAAUGAUAAAGAAGACUUUCCUGUGGAACGGCAAAUAUUUUCCCAGCAACCAGCAUCCCUGUCCGAACCGAUCACUACUGCCUAGGAGGUUUUCACAGCACCCCGGAUAAGACAGCUCUCGACUGCAGACAUACUUGCAACUGUGAAGCAGCUAUGCAGCUUGAAAUCCAAGUAGCACUCAACUUCAUUAUAUCUUACCUGUACAACAAACUCCCUCGGCGUCGAGUGAACAUCUUUGGCGAGGAGCUGGAAAGGCAGUUGAAGAAGAAAUAUGAGGGCCACUGGUACCCCGACAAGCCAUACAAAGGGUCUGGGUUCAGGUGUAUACACGUGGGCGAGAAGGUGGAUCCGGUAGUGGAAGAAGCAGCCAAAGAGAGCGGGCUGGACAUCGAAGACGUCCGGAAUAACUUGCCUCAGGACCUCAGUGUGUGGAUCGACCCCUUUGAGGUGUCUUACCAGAUUGGGGAAAAGGGACCCGUCAAGGUGCUUUACGUGGAUGAUAACAACGAGAACGGGUCAGAGUUGGACAAGGAGAUCAGAAACAGUUUUAACCCAGACGCUCAGGUGUUCAUGCCAAUCAGCGAACCCGUGGGAGUCUCCUCCGAGUCCAGCUCGCCGUCGCCUCCUUUCGGCCAGUCUGCUUCGGUCAGCCCCUCGUUCAUGCCACGCUCCACUCAGCCUUUAACCUUCACCACAGCCACUUUUGCCGCCACCAAGUUCGGCUCCACCAAGAUGAAGAACAGCGGCCGCAGCAGCAGCAAGGUGGCGCGCACCUCUCCCACUAACCUGGGCCUGAAUGUGAACAACCUACUGAAGCAGAAAGCCAUCUCCACUUCCAUGCAUUCUCUCUAUGGCCUUGGCCUCGGAGGGCAGCAGCAGAAGCCUUCAGCGCUCUCCCCUGAUGCCAAGGAGUUUGUAUACCCCAACCUGCAGGGCCAGGGCAGCUCCACUGCGAUGUUCAACAGUGAGAAUCCCCUCAGCCUCAGCCUCAGCCCUCAGCAGUAUAACAAUGCCUUCGAUGUGUUUGCAGCCUACGGCAGCCUCAAUGACAAGUCUCUCAUGGAUGGUCUAAACUUCAGUCUGAGCAACAUGCAGUAUUCUAACCAGCAAUUCCAGCCAGUCAUGGCUAACUAAUGAAUACAGAAUGAAUUAUUUAUGAAUGAUUGUUGGCAAAAGAAGAAAAGGAAAAAAAAAUGACGCACACUAGUAAAGGACAUGAAAAGGAACUGUGGACAUGGAAACAAAAAUCCCUAUUAGUCACUGAAAAGCGCAUGUGCCCAAGGGUGUUGUCUUUCUGUGCCCCCUUGAGUUUGUUUCUACUAAGAGCUUGUUGUACAAACGUGUCCAAGCUUGGUUACUUUCAGUCAAAACACAUCAUUGUUUUCUUUUCCUAUUUUUGCCAACAAAGCACAAAAUAAUUUUUUACUAUGUUUUAAAGAAAAUACUUCUAAAAUAUUAAAAAAACAUAAGCUUCAAGUUCUGGCCUCUUACAGUAUUUUAAAGUUGGUUAAGACUUGGCUGAUUUUUAAGAAAUUGGCACUAACGAAUAUAUAUCUGGGGUUACUUGGUCUUUUUUCUAAUUGUAUAAUUUAAUUGAGUACAGAGUUUGUAAAGUAUCAGAGUAUAUAUAUUGUUUCUACGACAUGGUAUUGCAUUUAUAUCUUUUUACUACUCCAGUGAUCUGUGAUGGCUGCAGCAGCUUUAUGUUAUUAUAUAUUUUGUUUUUUAAUAAAAUUGUUGAGGAAAUCCAUCUUUAAAAUAGAUCAAAUAUUCUGAAGAUUGUGUACAGGAUAUUCUUUAGUGUCGGAAAUUCAGUGUAGGAAUAUUUGCUUUUUUUGAAACACAAAAGUUGUAUUUUCUGUUAAGAGUUAAAAAGAUUUUUGCUAUAUUAUGGACAAUGUAAUCGUAUAUAUAUUAAUUUUGUACCUACAUUGUGCAAUACUUGAUAAAAUACGGUAUAACAAAGUAUUUUGAGUCAGUGUCUUACAUGUCAAGAGGGACUGAAAUAGUUUAUAUUAAGUUUGUAUUAAAAUGCUUCAAAAUAUAUGCUUGUCUUUAUUUUUUUUUAUUUCAUAUUUGCACCCUGGCCUUUUUCAAUAAAAGCAACUUUAGUCGAAAA